GAGCUCUUCGUAAUUUGACGUGUAAACAUCCCUUCUUCCUCUUCCACAUCUCUCUCUCUCUCUCUCUCUCUCUCUCUCUCUCUCUCUCUCUGUCUCUCUCUCUCUCACUGGUAUCUUUCCACGCCUCUCCACGAGCCUACAUGCCACAGUCACGAGGAGCGGACCUGAUCUCUCUUUCCUGAUAAUAAUAUUGAUCUGCUCUCUGGUUUGAUCAUUUAUUUUUUAUUUCUGUAUUGAGUUGGUAUUUCUGUAUCUCGCGUCCCGCGCGCCCCGGACUCAGUGCGCGCCCCCGUUUCUCCUCGCGCUGCUCUUCGCUCUGAAAUGGCAGUAAGAUGUCCUGCUGCGGUGUUUCUCGGCGCUCUCGCGGUUCUCUGCGCGCUGUCUUCCCCAGGAGUGAACGCUUUGGACCGGCAGUACCUCAACGAGUGGGCCGUGGAGAUCCCCGGAGGAACGGACGCUGCGCAGUCGAUAGCCAACGAGCUCGGCUACCAACUGGUCAGACAGAUUGGGGCGCUACAAAACCAUUAUUUAUUCAAACAUCAGAGUCAUCCUAGCAGGACCAAGAGGAGUGCAGACCACAUCACCAAGAGGCUGUCAGAAGACGACAGGGUAUCGUGGGCGGAGCAGCAGUAUGAGAAGCAGAGAAGUAAGCGAGCUCCUUUAGGGGCUGAUUGUAAAGAAUGCUCAGUGGACAAACUCUUCGAUGAUCCCAUGUGGAACCAGCAGUGGUACCUGCAAGACACGCGGACGUCUCCGUCUCUGCCGAAGCUGGACCUGCACGUGAUCCCGGUGUGGAAGAAGGGGAUCACGGGUAAAGGCGUGGUCAUCACCGUGCUGGACGACGGCCUGGAGUGGAACCACACCGACAUCUACCCCAAUUACGAUCCUGCAGCCAGUUACGAUUUCAACGACAACGACCCCGAUCCUUUCCCCAGAUACGACUCCACCAAUGAGAACAAGCACGGGACAAGGUGUGCAGGUGAGAUUGCCAUGCAGGCGGACAACAACAAAUGUGGAGUCGGGGUGGCUUACAACUCUAAGGUUGGAGGGAUCCGGAUGCUGGAUGGCAUUGUGACGGACGCCAUAGAGGCCAGCUCUAUAGGGUUUAACCCGGACCACGUGGACAUCUACAGUGCCAGCUGGGGUCCUAAUGAUGACGGGAAAACAGUGGAGGGUCCUGGUCGUCUGGCUCAGAAAGCCUUCGAGUACGGCAUCCAGAAGGGACGUGGUGGAAAGGGCUCUAUCUUCGUCUGGGCGUCGGGUAACGGCGGGCGGCAGGGUGAUAACUGCGACUGUGACGGCUACACAGACAGCAUCUACACCAUCUCCAUCAGCAGUGCGUCACAGCAGGGCCUGUCCCCGUGGUACGCAGAGAAAUGCUCAUCCACCCUGGCCACGGCCUACAGCAGCGGAGACUACACCGACCAGAGGAUCACCAGUGCUGACUUGCACAAUGAAUGCACCGAGACACACACCGGAACAUCUGCCUCCGCCCCGCUGGCAGCUGGGAUCUUCGCCCUGGCUUUGGAACAGAAUCCGGAUCUGACCUGGAGGGAUCUUCAGCAUAUAGUGGUGUGGACGUCUGAGUUCGACCCGCUGGCCAAUAACCCCGGCUGGAAGAGGAACGGCGCAGGGCUGAUGGUGAACAGCCGCUUCGGUUUCGGCCUGCUGAACGCUAAAGCUCUGGUGGAUCUGGCAGAUCCCAAAGUGUGGAAGCACGUGCCGGAGAAAAAGCAGUGCAUCGUCAGAGAUGACAGCUUCCAACCCAGACCUCUAAAAGCAGCGGGGGAGAUCAGCAUUGAGAUUCCCACCAAAGCGUGUGCUGGCCAGACAAACUCUAUAGAGUCUCUGGAGCACGUACAGGUGGAGGCCAGCAUUGAAUACACGAGGAGAGGAGACCUACACAUCACACUCACUUCACCAUCAGGAACUACUACAGUGCUGCUGGCUGAGCGGGAGAGAGACACGUCCUCCAAUGGCUUUAGAAACUGGGACUUCAUGUCUGUGCACACCUGGGGAGAGAACCCUACUGGCACCUGGACACUGAAAAUCACUGACACUUCGGGCCGGAUGGAGAAUGAGGGGCAGAUACUGAGCUGGAAGCUGAUUCUCCACGGAACGUCUGAAAAGCCAGAACACAUGAAGAAGCCGAGAGUUUACACACCGUACAACGCAGUGCAGAAUGACCGCAGAGGAGUGGAACACAUGGAGGACAUGCUGGAGGAGGCCACUGCCCCUUCCCAAAAAAUGGUAAAGUCCCGUCCACCGGCUCCCAUUGCUGCCUCCUCUCCUGCCCCGGAGGAGAGGCAUGCAGCUGCUCAAGCCGCUUCCACCCCCGACGAAGACCUGAUACGCCUCAUCCAGUCAGUCUUCGGCCCCAGUUCUAUAGCUUCCACUGGACGAGCUUCACCAGCGAGGGAAAGGAUCCCUCAGCAGAAGCCGUACGAGACCCUGGUGCACCGCAACCCCGAGAGCAGCCUGUACAACCACUACAGAGACAGCUUCUACAGGAACCGGGCCUACCGGCACAGAGACGAGCAGCUGCUGCAGGCCCUGUUCGACAUGCUGGAUGGAGAACAGCAGUGAAUGAGGGGGCGGAGAGAAGAAAGGGGGAGGGAGGGGCCGGGGAGAGGAGUAUGGAUGAGAAAUAGGGGUAAAAUAAAGGAGAUUGGGAGGUAAAAGAGAGGUGUUCUCAGCAGCUACAGUCCUCGGGACCCACCUGCCUGCACAGUUUCUAGUCUCUGAAGUUCAGGACUCUUGAAGUUCUUAAACACAGAGAAUAAACACACAUAGAGAUUUACACUGUUUUUGCCUUUUUACAAGUGGAAAGUUGUUCAAUUUGACACUAGAAUGUGGCAAUACACUAUAUAUCACAAUAUAGGGGUUAUGAUUACACAUACUAUAAUAGAUAUACAUUUACACAAUACAAAAUUAACUAAAAUACAAAAUUUUAGUAAAAGUGUCAAAAUAUGAAAAACCUGUCCAUUCCAAUCCAGUGUAUUUUACGUCCUUACUGGACUGAUAAGAGUGGUAAUAUUAUAAGUAAACAGCCAAAAGAAGGGUUUAAUUCUCUAUUCCACCUUAAAUAAUGUAGCAGUUUCCAUUAGCUCUUUUCCACCAACAUGGAUGAACAACCAAUGUUGUGCCGAAUUAAGCACCCCCACCAGAAAAAGCAUCCCCUCUCAGAGCUUAUUGCGUAUUUCUAAGAAAAGUUAAAGCACUUUUAUCAAGAAGACCAUGCAUGCGGGCUGCCAAGAGAGGGUGCUUUUCAUGGCGGGGGUGCAGAUUUCGGCACUACUAUGGUGUUGAAUUCAGAACCCCCACAAGAAAAAGCACCCUCUCACCGAAUGUACUUCUAAGUAAAGUUAAAGCACUUUUAUCAAGAAGACCAUGCAUACGGGCUUCCAAGAGAGGGUGCUUUUAUGUCGGGGGGAAUUCAGCAACCCCGCCAGAAAAAGCACUCCCUCUUGGAAGAGGCUGCAGGUGACAUAACUAUUUUUCAUUAUUUCCUGGAGGCAUUGUAGCUUAAAACAGCCUCUUGGGUACUUACAUUUUCUAAAAAAGUUAAAGCCAAGAAGAGAUACAUGCGUGCUUACGAGAGGGGGUGCUUUUCCUGGCGGGGGUGCUGAAUUCAGGAACCAGGAACGUUCUUUUGUAGCAGGAACCGAAGAAUUCUAGGUUCUUUAAUGCAUACCGUGAUGAUAUUGGUUCACCGCGGCUGUGCAGCGUUCUCUGUUUGUGGAAACGUGGACUGGUUCGUUGAAAAGCACCACGGUUCUUAUAAACCAAAUGAAACUGGUUUAAGAACUGGUUUAAAGAGUUAUUUUAAGGUGGAAGGGAACGUUUUUUUACCCCAAAAAUAUGAAUUCAUAUAUUUAUUUCACAAGACUUCAAUAUAUUGUUUUUUUUUUUUUGGUUGGUUGGUUGUUUAACCUGCAAAUCUGUCAAAUGGUCCAUUCCUACAAAAGUAGGCGUGUCUUAGCCUUAUUGGGUGAUAAAACUCACCAUACUCUCUCGUGUCUAAGACUAUUUAUUACCUGCCUGAAUGCACUUGAUCAGCCUAUACAAGAGGUUUUAUAGUUGUCUGAACUGCUGGAUCAGAUGUUUUGGGGUAGCAUGUGUCAGAAACUGUGCAGGUAAAUGGGUCCCCGUGGCUGGAUGUGGAAACCUAUAUGUGAAAAAAGGUUGAAGAGUAUGUAGAUGACAUGCAUGGAAGAAGGGAUGAAGUGUGUGGGUGGAGGUAUUAGAGCCAGGCACAGAACGAGAGCGACGUUUACUCUUCCAGACAAGCAAUUCAUGUUUUCUGCACUACUGUUUCUCACCUGUUCUCAAGCGUUCUGAGGCCUGUGUUAACGGAUGUCUCUAUCUAUGUGUCUUAAGCAGUAACACCUACUGUACCCCUUUAAACGGUAGGCCCACCUAGCCCCCCCCAAACUAGCAGGACCAGUUGUGAGAGCAGUCAUGUCCUUUCUCAACCUUUGCCCUCCUCUCUGCCAGUGGACGUUUUUUUAUAUUAUGCUGCUUUUACUGCUGCCAACUUCUUUCACUGAUUGCAUUGAUUAAUUGAGGUGUUUGCUUUAGUAUAUAGUGAUCUAUUUAUUGCUCGGAAAAAAAGUGAUAACAGGUUGCUUUAAAAUGCACACAACCUCUCUUACCUUCAUUUGUUACUAUAAAUACAUUUAAAUUAUUUAAAUUAUUUAAAGUAUUUAAUAUGCAGCUCUGGAAAAAAAUAAGUUAUUCAGUUUCUGAAUCAAUUUCUUUGAUUUUGCUAUUUAUAGGUUUAUGUUUGAGUAAAAUGAACAUUGUUGUUUUAUUCUAUAAACUACAGACAACAUUUCUCCCAAAUUCCAAAUAAAAAUAUUGUCAUCUAGAGCAUUUAUUUACAGAAAAUGAGAAAGAUGCAGAGCUUUCAGACCUUAAAUAAUGCAAAGAAAAAACAAGUUCAUAUGCAUAAAGUUUUAAUUUGGUAAAACUCAUCAUUUUAAGUGGUCUCUUAUUUUUUCCAGAGCUGUAUAUCAUAAAUUCUAUACAGAUAUACAUAUAUAAAAAGUUAUAUUAGAAUAUUAGGACCACCUGCAUUGUUUCUACGCUCACUGUCAAUGUUUAAUCUACUGCUCCACUGACCAUAUAGGAGGAGCACUUAGUAUGUUAGGUAGUGUAUGAGUGGAUCAGAUACAGCAGUGCUGCUGGAGUUUUUAAACACUGUGUAAAAACUCACUGUCCUCCACUCUGAAGCUCUGAAUCUGUUGCUGCACAGUUUACAGUGUUGCUCAUUCUAUAGUCCUUCAUCAGUGGUCACAGGACACUGCUUACAGGACACUGUUGGCUGGAUAUUUAUUUUUUAUAUAUAUAAUUUUAUUUCAGAUUUUUGCCCAUUUUCUCCCAAUUUGGUUAUCCAAUUGGCUACCACACUCAGAGGAAAGCACAGCGGCUAGGUUCCGAUACAUUCGCCCGGCACCACCUUUAAGCACGAUGGGGAGAGAGCGCCAUCUACCCACCCGGAGGGAACAAGGCCAAUUGUGCUCCCUCUAGGCGCCGGCAGCUGGGCUGGAUAUUUCUUCCGGAUCCCUGAGAGAGCACAAUUGGUCUUGCUCUCUCUGGGUGGGUACAGUACAGUAGAUGGCGCUCUCUCUUUCCCCUCAUCACUCCUAGGGUGAUGUGGAUCAGCACAAGGCUGCAUCUGUGAGCUGAUGUAUCAGAACCAAGUCGCUGCGCUUUCCUCUGAGCGUUAGCGCUGUGAUGCUACUCGGCAAUGCUACAGCAUCAGCAGCAGUUCAGAAAGAGGCGGAGUCUGACUUAAUUUCUUUAUAAAAAUGAGAAAUAAAUAAGAAGGACAGUGAGUGAAGAAACAAGGAGGUGGUGUUAAUAUUUUACAUUAAUAUGGCUGUCUAAUUGACACAGGAAGAGUUUAAAGAGUUUAUUUAUUACACAGUGCAGAAAAAAAUGUUUAGAAUUAUUUUGAUUUAAAAUAUAAUAUUGAGAUAUAUUUUAUAUAUCUGUUUUCAGAUGCCAGGUUUCGUUUUAUGACUUGGGUUAUGGACAAAAGUAUUGGGACACACCAAUUAUUCGCUGAAUUUAGGUGUAUUUAAUUCACUUGCCAUGCAGUAUGCCUCUAUAAACAUACUGUAAUGGCAUGGAACCAUUGCAACAUAUCAAUUGGUGAAAUUGCUUGCCUCCAGUAUAUUCCUAUAUACUCCUAUAUACAGGAGAUUUUCUGACAUCCCAUUUUAAACGCAUACUAACGAUUAUAUGUCAAAAAAUCUCCUGUAGGUGGAAAAAGCAGGUGUUCCAAUACCUUUGUCUGCACAGUGUACCUCAAAAUCAGAUUAAAAAUAACUUAUCCUACUGUAUCCUACAACCUACUGAUCCUUUUUCAGACUAUACCAAUAUAUAUAUAGACAGACAUUGAGUUGGUAGGCUUACCUCCGCUUAUGCCAGUUUUUGCACUACUUCUUCUUAUGUUAAGCACCUAAUUAACGCCAAAUAUCUGAGGGGUUAGGGAAAAAAACCUUAGAGGAACCUUAGAUAGACAACAUUCACAAUCCAACAUAUAUUAUAGGCUACUAUCAGUUAAUUUUGUAUAUUCAGUAAGUUCAUAAUAUGAAAUAAAGGUUUAUUUUUCUAUGGAUUCCUAAUAAUUUAUGCAAGCAAAUACAGAAGAAAAAGAGUCAAUAGAACCCUGAUAUAUCAUUGUACCUUACGGAAGAAGAACCUCCAUAUACAGCUCUGGAAAAAAAUUAAGAGAUCAAUUCAGUUUCUGAAUUAGUUUCUCUGAUUUUGCUAUUUAUAGGUGUAUGUUUGAGUAAAAUGAACAUUGUUGUUUUAUUCUAUAAACUACAGACAACAUUUUUAAAAUUCCUAAAUUCCAAAUAAAAAUAGUGUCAUUUAAAGCAUUUUUUUGCAGAAAAUGAGAAAUGGCUAAAAUAAGACAAAAAGAUGCAGAGCUUUCAGACCUGAAAUAAUGCAAAAAGCAAGUUCGUUUUCAUAAAGUUUUAAGAGUUCUCCUCCACCAGUCUUACACACUGCUUUUGGAUAACUUUAUGCUGCUUUACUCCUGGUGCAAAAAUUCAAGCAGUUCAGUUUGGCUUGAUGAUCAGCUUGUGAUCAUCCAUCUUCCUCUUGAUUAUAUUCCGGAGGUUUUCAAUUUGGUAAAAUCAAAGAAACUCAUCAUUUUCAAGUGAUCUUUUAUUUUUUUCCAGAGCUGUAUAAUCUCAGAUCUAUCAAAUCCACUUUAGAAUCAUCUCUGAAGUGUGGUGAGCAAAUGCAUGUGACAGUAUAAGUUCUAUCUACUAAAUUGUGGAGAAAAUCAGGUGAAAUAAAAUACAUAAUUAAAAAUAAAUGGGAAAUAUAUUGAUUCUGAAGCAUUUGUUGCAUUAAAAAAGAUAAGAGUCUUAAGUCUUAAUUAAAACAGGUUUGAAUGAUUUUUAAUUGUAUCCUGCACAGGACCGUGAACAGAGAUUAACACACACACACACACUAAUGAAAAUAUAAUGGUACUUGAGUUGACAGCAAAGGAAUGUACCUCAGAAGCCUGGGUUGAGGUGUUUGCUGAUCGUGGCCUGGUCUGACUGGUUCUGUACUGACUGUAGCUCCACUUCUCUGCCAGCUGAAAGGGAAAGUGUGGAUAUGCUGGAGGAAGAGAGAGAGAGAGAGAGAGAGGGAAGAACGUUUACACACAUCCUGUAAUUUAUACAUUUUUCAGUGUAGUCAGUGUUUAUAUGUUAAUUGAUUGACAUUUCUGUCCAAACUUGUUUACAAAAGCGACUAUAGGUUCAUUUCAGUUUCUGUAUGAUUAUGCCAUAUGGAUUUUAUCGUAAUAAACUGUAAAGUUAUCUUGCAAGCGAA